GCCUAAUGUCGUCCAAUCACCAAACAGUUUGUUAGAUCGUGAAGCAGCUCGAUAGCGUUGGGCUGACGGUGUGGUGAAGGAAGGCUGUGCCAGCAUGGGUGUGUUAUCCACGCUGAUGAGGGGUCUGGUGCGAGGCGCUGACAGGAUGUCUGAGUUCACGAGCAAGCGUGGAUCAAGGACUCAUAAUAAAGGCAGGGGCGCCAGGCCCGCUGGACGGAAUCUCCCCAGCUCCAAGUUUCUAGCCAUUCGGGCCAUGAUUCCGGAGUUUGUGGUGCCUCCUUUGGAGGGAUUCAAACUCAGACCAUAUGUCUCAUACCGUGCCCCGAAAGGAACAGAAUCUCCACUCACAGCACAGAGUCUGUUCGAUGAGGUUGUGGCUCCUCAGAUCAAACAGGACUUUGAAGCAGGCACUUUCAGCAAAGACCAGCUAGUGAAGUAUGGAUUUGAGCCCACACAGGAGGGGAAGCUCUUCAAGCUCUAUCCAAAGAAUUAUGUACGUUAAUGAUGGAUUUCCAAAGACUCGCUGAUUCACUGGGGACUGAAAGCUGCAGAUCAACUGAUGAGAGCCCCUUCUAGAAAAUCAACUACUACAUAAACUGUUCAGGAAAAAGGCCUUGUCUUACAGGUUUUGUUAUUUGAUGACCUGGAAAAAUAAAACAAAAAGCAUGACUAAUACUGCACAA